GUCUUCCGAUGUUUCCUUUCUCGCUUGAGUUCUUUCCUCUCAAUCGUAAAAACCGUACAUCAUGUUCAAGCUGUGCAUCCUCGCCCUUCUUCUCGCCGCCGUUUGCGCCGCACCUGCACCUGCACCUGCACCAGGUGCGGUCCUAGCGGCACCCCUGGCGGCGAUACCGGCGCCAAUCGUGACGGCCAGCAGCAGCCAGGUAGUCGCCAGGAACUACAACACCCUGGCAGCGGCACCCCUGGCAGCGGCACCCCUGGCAGCGGCACCCUUGGCAGCAGCACCCCUGGCAGCAGCACCCUUCGCCUACGCCGCGGCUCCCUACGCCGCGGCUCCCUACGCCGCGGCUCCCUUGACAGCAGCUUAUGGCACCCAUGCCGUUGCACCUGCCGCGUAUACCGCCUACUCGGCGCCCAUUCUUUUAAAGAAACGGAAAAAGAGAAGAAAUCGUGACCUAAGAACGCGCGUGUUCGUUUUCCGCUUGAGACAAGGCGACGCCCUCCCCGAAGGUGCGUUAAGAAGGUGCAAAAGAGGAGAAGGGAGGUUGGAGAUUCCCGGUAUAUCCGGCAGGGAUUCCUUACUCCUAUAUAAGACGCGGCACGUCGUAUUUUGGAAUAUUAUCGUUCUCUGAUGCAAACCAGACAGACACACGAGCUCCAAGAUGUUCAAGCUGUUGUGCUUAGUCGCCUUCCUGGCAUUCGCCGCGGCCGCUCCCGCACCCGGACCCGCACCCGCACCCGCGCCUGCACCCGCGCCAGCACCCGGAGCGAUCAUCGGCGCCCCUCUUGUGACAUCCUACAGCGCUCCCGUCGUUUCCGCACCGUUGGCUUACAGCCUACCGGCGUACAGCGCGUAUUCGGCGUACCCGGCCUUGCCGUACGCAUACAGGAGCUACGCGGCCUUGCCGUACGCCUUGUAAGAGUUACGCAUAAGCCUAUGUGGCCUAAUUGAAGAUACAGGCAUCGGAAGACCAGGCAUCGCAGAGACCAAGGACCAACCUUCACGGAUACUUCACAAACGAAUUAAUGAAAAAAAUCAAGAAUCGCCCGCCCAAUCUCUUCGAAAAGUCAUCCCGUGAUUCAUCCUUCUCAUUUUCUCCUCAUCUCCCCCGUUCGGAUAAUAAUUUCGCAUUUUCAUCCAAGACUCAGAAUCAAUAAAGUCGCUUGAAAGCAA